AAUAAUAGAAAUAUAAAUUAGCAGUGAAAAUUUUUGGGUACAGCAAAAAUAGAAAAUUAAAAGUAAUUUCAUGUAAUAAGUAAUGUUACUGUGCUUAUGUAUAUCAAAAUAGUUAAAAGUCAUACGGUUAAGGUAAAUAAGUACCAAAAUGAAAAGAAAUGAAGAAAUAAUGAUAUAUAAGAAGAAAUGAAAAGAAACAAAGCCAUAAAUGUUACGAAACGUGACAUACGAAGUGCUAUAGUUGAAGAUCGAAAUUAUUGUUACCAUUAUUAUCCUGAAAAUGCAAGAACUCAUGUAAAACAGACGCCUUUGGGCUAUAAUUAUAAUUUUAAAGAUCUCGACUUACAAAAUGUCAGCAAUUGGAGUCACUUAACCUGUUCGUGUCGAGAUUCCCUCGGGAAAUAUCAAGAGGCUAGUUAUUUUACCACUAAACUGAAGCAAAUGCCACCGAAGGUUACUGAUAUUGGUGUAGGGAAUGUUAAGGCAUACCAACGAAGGAAAGCAAAGAGGAUUUACGUGCCCCAGACUGAGGAGAGAGCUGUUGGCACAUCUAUCAAUGAUUACCCAAAAUGUCACCACUUCAAUGACCUAACUCACAAAACAACCAGAAAUGUUGUAGAAAGAGUCGCAAAUAAAAAACAUUUGCUAAAUAAAAAGCUGUCGCCUCUUGUCAGAAAAAAAUCCAAUUAUACGAAUCCAUUGACUACCUUUUUUCGCAAACAAGACUUGGAACAUAAUGUGAACACUACUCCUUCAGUACACAAUCAGGUAAACGCCAGUACACAAAUGGGUACAAAAGAGAUAGAGAAAUCUACAAAAAUCAAAAUAUUUAAAGAACUAGCCACAAAUACGGAAAUAUUAGAGAAUGGUAAACCCCUAAAAUCUGAAGUAGAACUUUCGGUAGAAAUGUCAAGGAUUUUAAGUAACAAAAUGGGUACUGGAUCUUCACUGGAUUCCUUAGUGCAACAUGUUUAUAACUUAGACAAGCCAUGUAAUGCAACAUUAAGCACAGCUACAAUCGAUCCCAUGGAAAACAAGCUCGAAAGAGAAUAUAGAAAGAUAUUUUCAAAUCAAUCUAAAGACUGUUCGUGCAAUAAUAAAAUUUCGGCUGCAAAUAGCGAUUCUUUGUUACGACGUUUUGAAGCGUUAAGGCGUGAUAUGACGCUUAAAGAGGAAUUAAAAAAGAACAUGUCAAAAUCUUCAAGCCCAACUAAUGAACCUAAAUAUAAAGAUAUCUCUGUUGAUUCAGACGGAGCUUCAUUGCCAGAAAUUAAUGACAAAAAAUUAAUCAGUCCGAUUACAAGUGACUAUUCCGACGCUCGACAGAAGGAGAAAGGUAAGAAGAAAAGCACUGCAAAACUCCAAAAGAGUUCUUAUUGGCGUCGUUCAGAUGUUGAUAGUGACCAUCAAACUAAAGGAAGGUUUAAAUUAUGGGGAAGGAAGGUAAGCGUUGAUGGCGGAUCACAUAAGAAAAGCAAAAUUAAAUGUACCGAAAGCAAGAAGAAAUCUGAGGCUAGCGUGAAAUUUUCUAAACUUUUAAAAACUAAAUCAUCGGUUAAAAAGGAAGGGAAAAAAUUCCGCUUCUUUAAAAAGAAAGUAAAGGCUGUGCCAAGAUCGAGAACUGAUGUGAUGACAGGAAGAUGUGAGGUACGAGAAGGAAUGUCGGUACAGAUUGGAAAAGGAUUAUUAUCACAAGACUAUAAUACAAAUGCAAUACAAAAAUUUCGUCUUAAAUAUGAAGAUAAGUUAUUAAAUGCAUGGAUAAGAAAUUUUUUAACGAAAUCAGAUGAGCCUAGAAAAAAAAUUAGUACACAAUACAGUAGUAGUGUCGAGAGUAGCUCUACUGAUAUUGGAGAGAACAGUUCUUCCGAUACAGAUGUACAGUUAACCACGACCCCCACAGUCACAAAUAAUUCUUCAUUGCACAAAGUAAAUAAAAGCCCAUUUAUUAACUUUUCAAAUCAAUAUAUUCAAGCUUGGAUGUUAACGAAAACCAUAUUGGAUAGGUUAGUUAAACCUAAAAUAUAUUGGAAUGCUAGAACAGAUAAAUUUAACAAAAAGAAAAAUAGCGAACUUAAUAAAUAUUUUGAAUGUAAAGACACGAGUACUAAAAAUGAUGUUCCAAACAACGAUACGAAUAUUAAUGACAAAAUGACAUCAAAGCCUAAAAGUGUCAAGGUUGACAUAUCCUUAGGGUGCAUGAGUGAACUUAUCCAUCAAUCUUUCGCGAUGCAAAGUAAUGAAGAAGUAUGCAAAAUAAUUGAUUACGAAACACCGCGACAAAGUACAGUGACUACAUUUAAGCAGAACGUAGAAAAAGAAACAUGUGAUAAAAUAACAAGUGAAAGUUGCAUGAAAGAUAUUACAAAUUGCAGGUUUAACGAUACAGAGGAAUUAAAAAAAGUUAAAAGAUCCUACAGUGCUGAUAUAUUACAGGACAAUGAAAUAGACGCUACCAAAACGUGUAAUGCUGUUGGAAUAGAAAUUGCCACACAAAAGAAUUUAGAAAAAAUAAACUAUCCAGUAUACGACAUAAGUACUGAAAGUGGAGAUGAUUUGGAGGGUACGGUGUAUUUACUGCCAAAGACGUAUAAAGCUUCAGAUGUUUAUCUACAGAAACUAUAUCAUAACUGGAAUCCAUUAGAUUUAGAUUUAUGGUGUAUCAGCGACACAAACUUACAGCCAUCCUAUAAUCCGCAUACGCAUAAAGAUAUAAAUUUAAAAUCCUACUCAAAUAUGACCGAUGACAUCCAGUAUACAACACUAGUGUCAUCAUGUGAAACAUUCGGAAAAUGUGGAAAAGACAAGCGUAAAAAAUCUUUACUGAAGAGUCACAAUAACGAUUAUCUAACCAAUAACAUUGGAAUUCGAAUCACGCCGAAAGAUUCAUUAGAAGUGUGUAAGAAAAGAAAACUAUACUCCGACAGCAACAAAGGAAGAUGGAAACACGACGAACUCUCCGUUUCGUUGUCGAGUUCAACAAAAUCAAAACAUUUUAGAAAACUUAUAUCCCUUAAGCCAAACAAAAAACGCGUUACAAUAUCUAAUUAUGAAGUUGACAAGGAGUCGAAAUCAAUACUGAAAGAAAAUGAUAUAAGGAAGAAGAAUUUACAAUGUUUAUCGUCUUCUUGUCACGUCUCCGAUUCUAUGCAAACAGGCAGAAUCGCAGGCAGACUUUAUCCGAGACUAGAAAAAAAACCAACUCGUCAAAACAUUGCUAUCACAGCGACUAGUUCAGGUAUGACGAACAAUCCAUGCGAAAAUGCUGAAGUCAAAUGUUUGAAAAGCGCCUCCAAAGAAAAUCUACUAAGUAAUACUGACAGCUGUAUUACAAAUUGGAAAAAGCAUUUGUGUUGCGAUACACAAGACGAAGAUAGAAAAACUUGUGAAAAAAUUAAUGACACAAAAUCAGGAUUCUUCUCCGAUUAUUUCAAGCCGAGCAGUCUAAUAAAAAAUAAAUAUCACAGCAUAUGUCGUAAGUUUGUCACAGAUAAAAAGUCUUCAGAGGAAUCUGUUAAAAAUAGUCAAAAUUCAAAAUGUCGUCAUUCGGACCCGAAUUUAAGAGAUCAGAUUAAAUCAGAAUAUAAAAAGUGUGCUAUCACCACUGACGUUCAAAAACUUUCUACAUUACCUACUUCUGUUGAAGAUAAAUCAUGUGGAGCACCUGGAACAGAUUUGGAUAUGAACAGAAGAGGAAAGCUAAUAGGACUACAUUUUAAAAAGCAGCCAGUUAGGAAAAAUGUGUCAAGGGCUUGUUGGACUGCAGGUGACGCGAUCGAGUGUAACAAUGGUGACUCGACCGACAAUACGACAAAGUUAUCGAGUAAAGAAACAACCGGAUUAACACACAAAUGUCCACACACAAACUCUACAGUCAGCAAAAAUACUAACAAAGAAAUUAAAAACAUCGUAGUUAACAAAGAGAUAGAUAAUGAUGAGAAUAACAAAGAAAUUGUCAAUAAAAACAAAAUGACACCAUGUGUUAUUAGAAAAAAUAUAGAAAUCGAUCCUAAUCCUCCAAUAACAUCAGAAUCUGGAAAGAGAAUUUGCCUCGGUAUCGACACAUGCAACGAUGAUCCAGGUAAUGACAAAAGCGACUGUGACUUUAUAGAGAUAGUGUUCAAAAUAAGAUGUAAGCAUGGCGAAGAUAGAGCUAUGAUCGUAAACAUUAAAGAUAGUAAAGAUAGAAUCCUAAAAGAUAAUAGAAUUAAUCUUUGUGAAAGAGAUAGCGACAUCAACAGUAAAAACAAAGAGGUGUAUUUAUUUCAAAACGAGUCUGCAAAUUCAAUUCUACGCAAAAACAGUAAAAAUUGCAUGAAUGUAAAAAUUUUGAUUAAAAACUGCAAAAAUGACGAAUCAAAUAAAAGGAAAGAUCUUAAAGGCAAUAGUAAUAUUUCCAUCAACUCUAAAAAAAUAACAGAAAGACUUCAAAGUAUUUCAUCGGAAACAAUCAAAGCUGUUAAUAAUUAUGCUUAUUCGGUGCAUAAAUUUACAAUAGACUUGACAAAGUCUGUUAAUCACAUCAAAAGUAUCGCAUCUAAAGAAAAUUAUACAAUAUUGCAUUCGAAUAACAAAGGCACCAUUAUGAGCGAGUCAGAUUUUCAAAAGAACAUUAAUAUGAACAGUAACGAAAUAAGCGAUAAUCGUAGUAAUGGAAAGAUUCAAUUUUAUAACAGCAAAACAAACAGUCGCAAAUCGAAACAUCGUACGAAAAAAAUAAAGAACGAAAAACUUUACUACAGCAGCGCAACUCUUAGACCAUAUCGACGUUACAGUUUAACAAAACAAAUGUCCAAUUACAAACAUUUAAAGAAUAGAGUUUUACAAAAAAUUGUAGACUGUGCGAAAGAUUUUAACAAGGGAAUUAAAAAGGAAAAGCGAAAAGGUUCAAGUGUGAUGCCUACAAUGGAUUAUAGUAACAGAAAUGUUAUCGAUCAAAACGUUAACAGAUUGUCAAAAGAAAUCAAAGCAUCAACAUUGUAUUCACAUUUCCUUAAUGCUACAAGUUCAUAUGGUUACUGUCAUUUCGAUAGCGUGGUUCGAGUAAGACCUAAGAGUAAUGUAAAUAACUACCUCUUUACUGUUGAAACAAAAGAUAGACAUAAAAAAUCCAACUCUUCCUAUAGUACGAAAUAUGAGAAAAGAAAGCAUACUAAAAUUCUCGCAACAAAACUGGGCCUCACUGACAUCAGGAGAAGACAAGCGCGUCGAUCUGUACGCAAUAGUGAGAAUUAUCAUCGUCGUGUUGAAAAUAUGAAAAAAUUGAAUCAAUUUUUAGAUGAAAAUGAUAAUUUAGAUUUUUUGUACACUUUAUCAAAGUACAAUAUAGAUAGACGAUGUGAAUUAAAUUGUUUAAAACAGAAAUGUAAAAACGCAACACAGACAGAUGGUAAAAAAAAUCAAAAAUCCAAACAUGACAAUAUAAAUUUGAGUAAAUUGAAAAUACAUAGAUUAAAUAAAGGCAUGUUUUGUAUUAGCGAUGAAAGGAAAAUAACAAUAGUGAGUUCGAAAUUUCUGGAAGAGAAAUGCAUCAGUUGCCAUGAAACUGGGCUUGAAGAAACUUGUAACCGGAAAGAAAUGUUCGAUAUAUUCCAAUUGACGGAAAUGAAAAAAGCCGUGUUUGAAAUGUAUAAUUCAACGGAUUUUUCAAAUAAAUCGAAAUCGUUAGUUAAGUUACCUAAAUUUAAAAGUGACGUAGAAAAUGCUUUGAUUAUAUAAACAAAUUACACAUGCCCAUCAAGGAAUUAAUUUCAUAUAUCUAUUUUCUUGUUUUGUCGAGUAUUGUCUAGUAUAAAUAUUCCAUUAUGUACACAUAUAACGUUAAAAUAGUCAACUUUAGACACCAUUUUAGUUU